GGGAAGGUCAUCCAUCAGUAGUACUGUGAUCAGAGCAGAGUUCGAACUCUUUAGCUUGAAGACCUCGCUGAGAAAACAGUCGAGUACAAGAUGGUGAAGCUUGCAUUCGGAAGCUUCGGCGACUCGUUCAGCGGCACGUCCGUCAGAUCCUAUGUCGCGGAGUUCAUCGCCACCCUCCUCUUCGUGUUCGCCGGCGUCGGGUCCGCCAUUUCCUACGGGCAACUAACGCAGGGUGGCGCGCUAGACCCGGCUGGCCUUGUGGCAAUCGCCAUCGCCCAUGCCUUCGCCCUCUUCGUCGGUGUGGCGAUGGCUGCCAACAUCUCCGGCGGCCACCUGAACCCCGCCGUCACGUUCGGCCUCGCCGUCGGCGGCCACGUCACCAUCCUCACCGGGCUCUUCUACUGGGUCGCCCAGCUGCUCGGCGCCACCGUGGCAUGCCUCCUCCUGCAGUUUGUCACCAACGGCCAGCCUAUGCCGACGCACGCCGUGUCCGGGAUCAGCGAGGUCGAGGGCGUGGUGAUGGAGAUCGUAAUCACCUUCGCGCUGGUGUACACGGUGUACGCCACGGCGGCCGACCCCAAGAAGGGCUCCCUCGGCACCAUCGCGCCCAUGGCGAUCGGCUUCAUCGUCGGCGCCAACAUCCUCGCCGCCGGGCCCUUCAGCGGCGGCUCCAUGAACCCGGCGCGCUCCUUCGGCCCGGCCGUGGCGGCCGGCAACUUCUCCGGCCACUGGGUGUACUGGGUCGGGCCACUCAUCGGCGGCGGCCUCGCCGGGCUCGUCUACGGCGACGUGUUCAUCGCCUCCUACCAGCCGGUCGGCCACCAGGACUACCCGUGAAGCGCACGGAUCCGAACCUAGCUUCCUGGGCUCUUGGCUCGUUGCUGUUUCCCCUUGUGUGAAUUUCCCUUUUCGAUUUUAAUCCACCUCAAAAAUGUAAAAAUGUAAGACAACCACUCGAUCUUACAUGAACGGUUCUGCGUUUUUCCGAAA